UUGCGGUAUUGCCUUUUUCGUCAAACCUCCUCAGCGAACCUUCUAGCUGCAGCACCCCAUUUCAGCAGACCUAUCAAGACCAUGCCCCACAAAAGGGCGAAGCGCACAGUCCGAGAAAAGCAGCAAACACAAUCAGGGCUCAAUUUACCGCCAGGUGCCCGCCAUGCCAUCGACCAUGAAGAGAUCCCGAAGGGAGCCGCACGCAUCUUGAACGCGACGAAGGUCCAGGAAGAGUACAAGCAGAGGAAACGCAAGCUGCAGGAGAGCGGAGGUGACGCGGAGCCCUCGAAGAAGAAAAGGAAGUCUGAGGGUCGGCAUGGCGGAGAGACGGGAUCGGAGGGCAAGGGGAAGCUGAGGAUACAGGCUGGCGAGUCUAUGGCUCACUUCAACCGGCGUGUCGAGGAUUCCAUGCGUGGUGGAGUCCGCGUAGCCAUGAAGAACUCGUCCGCCCUGGCGCGGAAGGUCAGGAAAGAGGAGGAGGUAUCGAAAGCAGCGAAGACCUCCAAGAAGGGGGCACCUGCUCCCGGUACACGAGUAGACGACGAUGCAGAAACAGAGUCCGACAAGACGACCGCCAUCACCAAACCCUCAACCGCGGGGAAGCAGAAACCUGAAGACUUCGAACGGCUGUCUACCUCUGCUCCCCGGAGACUGAACGACAUAGUACAAGGACCACCGGAGCUGAAGAAGCUAUCGCGAGGAGUGAAGCAGCGACCAAAGCCCUCUGCAGACUCGGUGGCUGGAGAGGGUGCGGGUACAUUGCGGCAAGGCGCACUGUCGAUGGCCCAGAAGGCGAUACUCGAGGAAGAGCGCCUCAGAGCAAUCAAGAUGUAUCGAGAGAUGAAGAAAGCCAAGUCAGGCGGGUAGCUGUUUGUUGACUUUAGCACACCAUGUCCAGGAUACGUCCAGAUGUCCGCACUGCACGUUGAUCGUGAUUUUCCACGGAGAAUAGCUGUAGGAUACUUGAGCUUUCCGACAAAUAUCGAAUGGAUAUCCGCCAGCUGGCUUUCCGCCCAGUAUCAAUCAUAUAUUCAG